GUAUUCGUAGAUAUUUAUAGUAAAAACAGUGAAGCAAUUUCGAGCAUUGCAUUGAACAUAUAUAAAUGGUCAACGUUAGACUAUCAAUUUAAAAUCGAGUACGCUGAAAAUGGAGCAACGUAUUAAAGCCACUAUUGUGGUUAUAUUGAUCGGUGUGUUGGGCUGUGACGCCUCGCAUUUCAGGGGAGGGAGUAUUUUCUGGAAGCAAAGCAAGAGUGGUGAUACGAUCGAUAUCGAUUAUCGGGAGUCGUGGCGGCGGACCUCCCAGACUCCGAUGUGUAACGAGACCGUGAUCUCGGACCGCAUUAAUAGCUCGUCAGAGGGUCAGCUCGCGGAAGUACCCAGCAUGUAUUAUGACGGCUAUCGCCCUCUGUUCUCGGACGCCUUUGCGUACGUCUGUACUGACUACAGCCUACUGGAGGAUUGGCAAAGCGGUCGCGGUCACAUCGAUUUCCCUCUCAACAUAUCAAGUAGAAAAACGUCCUACACUCUUCAAUUCACUGGUUGCUGUUGGAUUGGAUCUUUGGUCUACGGCGGUGACUCCCAUUGGAAAUUGCAAAUUACCAUGGAUACCAGGGUGCGUUCGGACACCGGGAGGAUGAACGCGUCACCACGCGUCGAUUUCCCGCCCAUUAUCCGAGUUCAGUAUGGUUGUAACCAUACCAUUAAUAUACCGGUGGGGGACGAAGACAACGACAUAGUCCGCUGUAGAUGGGCGACUCAGGAGGAGAGUGCGGGGGUGUACAGGUCAUUCCCGAACGCUGUUUUACACCAUCAGAACUGCAGCAUAACAUACGCGGCAAAUUAUCAGCUGGGCUGGUACCCGGUCGCCAUACAGAUAGAAGAUUUUGCAAACACCACUUCAAACAGCCCCUUGAGUAGCAUUCCUCUACAGUUUCUAGUGUCCGUGGAAAAACUGAACGCAAGUUGCAACAAUGAGCGCCCUAAGUUCGUAAAUUUCACCCUUCCCGAUAAGGCGUGCAUCGGGGUCAUGACGGAUACUGAUUUCUUGUCCGAUAUCUACAUUCAAAGUGGGUCCAACAGCAGCAUAUCGGAAGUGAAUACGGUGUCCCCGAUCGGACUGGUCAAGUCUAGUCUCCAGCGGUCAAACCAGACCGGACACUGGCAUAUCAGUGUCCAGUGGAAUCCGAACUCAUCCAACUCCAUCAACAACGUGUUCUGUUUCACCGCCGUGGACGACAACGGGUUGUCCAGUGACCAAAGGUGCAUAACUCUGCUUGCUGGAGUUCCAGCCGCCGAAAUUAUACGCGGUUCACAGAUGCCUGCAAUAACACAAGUUACAAAGACGCAGACCGUUUGGUCUGUGGAAUUUAACAGACCAGAUAAGCCCGCCGCCCGGUCUGCAUACAUCUACCUUUACUUAUCCAAUGGGACCUUAGUUGAGGCAAUCAAUGUUCUGACGUCACCUGGCGUGACAUACACCUACCUUAACAACCGCACGCGCAUUCACUUCACAACGUCAUCAUCACUUCUACCCGGCCAAGGGUAUUAUUUUCUAUUCGGACAAGGUCUAGUGCAGGGCACAGAAUACUGCGGUGCUGAGUCAAAGCCUGUGCUGGAUCCGUUCUUCUGGCGUUUUACUGUCAAUCCAGAAGCAACAAUUCCUAUUGAACAUGUGAGCUGUUUUGAAGGACAAACUCCUAUAGCAUGCAAAGAAGGACUUUUCAAUUGCACGGAAUCCUGGUCAUUCACCAGCCCCUGUACCCAGUUGAACAAACUGCACAAUCAGCUGAAAUUCCCGUACCCAGGGGCUCAGAACAAGUUCAUUCUGUGUGACUUGGCCGGGAAAACAUAUGUGGGACACUGUCCUCCAUACGAGAUAUUCUACGAACAGUGUUCCACGUGUAACGCCAUUGGCAUCACACCGUGUUAAUUCAAUAUGUAUUUAGUUGUUUUUUUUACUCAAUUGAGUUUAAAUUGCCAAUAGGUGUCCACGAUUAUCAUGUUUUAUUGCUUUCGUACAUAUACGUGAAUCAAGUUAUACGGAAAGGGGUCUUAUGCCAUAUGCGGCCAGCGUACGCUUAUGGGGCCACGUAAACUUGAGGACAAGUAAGCUCUUAACAAGAUGCUUAUAGCCACGUAAACUUGAGGACAGUGAAGCUUAUGAGGCCACGUAAACUUGAGGACAGAGAAGCUUAUGAGGUCACGUAAACUUGAGGACAGGGAAGCUCUUGACAAGACUGCAGCUGCGUAGGCUUGUCUGGAGCAAUGCUGACCGCAUGAAGCAUAAGACCCUUUUUUUUAUGACCCGGGCCAUAUAUUCGAAUGUACUCCAGCAAAAACAGUUACUUUGAAACAUU